ACUCGGGAGCUGCCGGUGGGAGCCGUCCCCGAGCAGAUGACUGACACGGUGAUGAACGGGAGGGUGCCGCUGCCGGAGAAAGCCUUGUCCGAGGGCUAUGCCCGGCUGCGGUACCGGGACACCUCCAUGCUCAUCUGGCAGCAGCAGCAGCAGAAGCUGGAGUCGGCGCCCCCCAACACGUACCUGAGCCGGAGCCGGAGCAUGUGGUACUCGCAGUACGGCAACGAAGCCAUCCUGGUGCGGGACAAGAACAAGCUGGAUGUGCCCAGGGACACGGGGCAGUCCAAGUUUUGUGCUAUUAUGUGAUCGCUCUGGAGAGCGGCCAGGCUGGCCUCGGGCUGGAGGGAUGGGGCUGCAGCCCCUGCAGGGCAGACCUGCACAGGGCAGGCACAGCGCCCAGGCCAGGAACUGUCUGAGGUUUGUGUUUGCUGUCGCUGCUGUAGCAUCAUUCUGCACGUCGUGAGGUGUGUGUGAAACCCGGCCUCAACCGGAGCUCACGAGCCUGUGUCUGCUGCCCAGCAUCCUGGCACGGUUCGUGCUGGACCAUGUGCUCUGGGUAAGUGGCUUGGGUACAGUGAGGAUCACCUGCGGUCAUCUGGGAGCUGUCCCCAGCCAGCACGUCCAUCUCUAGUCCAUACGGAUUCCAGAGCUCUGCAGGGGCUGGCGGGAGAGGUGGGCACGGAUCCGCUUCCAUCAAGGCCAGGAUUAUAGGAAGGUUGAUCCACACAGCUACAUGGCCAUCACUUGUUCGGUGUGCGCUGCCUCCCUGUAGUUACGGCCUGGAAGAGGUCUCUUACAUCCAGGAAUAAGGUGAUUUAUGAAGGGGAGGAGGGAAAAACGUGCUGAGAGUUUCAUCGGAGCCUCCAG